GUUGAUUCAUUCCAAGAGUCUUCUGCUCUUCUCAAAGGCUGCUUAGCUCAUCAAACCCCUGACUUACACUACGACGGUCAACUUUCAUCAAUGUAGAAGCGCUAAGGCGAUCAUUGUGUUCAUUGUCAACUCACCAUCGACCCCACCAACGCCUGCACCAACAUCGCCCAGAUCAAAACACCAUACCCACAACCUUGAGCACCUGCACAAUCCCAGAGAACCACAGACGUCGCGUUCUGAGGUCGCGAAUCAGUUCUCAGUGAGACCAUAUGACGAAACAGUGCUUUGCACUGUAAUCAUCCCAAGAUGUCGGACACUAUGCUCAAAGCCAUCUUCUAUGCGAGGUUCCAUGAAGAGAAAGGUCCCACCGUACUUCACCAAGUCCCCGAAGGCAGCGUCAUCCCCCUCUCAAACACCACAAACCAACCCCUCUUCCACUUCCCCAGCAUCUCAAACCACAUCAUCCCCCGCCGCGAAUUCUGCGACCGGCCCUUGAGCCUUCUAGCUUCCCACCACCGUAUCAUAGGUUUCCCGGUCUGCAUCCACAAUCCAGUCUUGUACCCACGUUCGGAUUUCAUCUUCAACUUCUGUCUCGUGGUGGAUGAAAAGGCGGAAUGGGGUGCUUAUGCUAGUGUGGUUAGUAAACUUGCGAGAUUGAUGAGGAAUUUGGAGGAGCAGACUGGGUGGUUGAGUAAGGAGGAGAGGAGGGAGGGGUGGGUCAAGGCUGGGGAGAGGGGUUAUGGGGGUGGGAACAGGGUUUUUGCGAUCUGUGAGAUGGUGUUGGAGGAUUUGAAUUGCUAUUGUGAAUGCAUGAUUCCGAUUGAUGACUCGAACACUCUGAAUCUCAAGUUGUUUCCGACAAGGUCGCCGCCACCACCGAUACAGAUCUUUCAUGUCCCACUCAGCACGGUCCGCUUCAGCAGUCUUCAGACUAAUACCUGGGAUCUAACCGUCCAACGCAUCAUCCCCUUUAUCGACGGCAUAAACUCCGUGCAGAAGAUUGCAGUCUUGGCUGAUACAGAUCUGACACUCACACGACGAGCACUAGCACAUUUACUCUACUACGGCUGCAUCCUCAUGCUAAACACCUUCCACUUCGGAGCCGUCUACGCCGCAACAGCAGAAAUCGGUGUCUUUGUAGAAGAUACAAGGAUGCAGGAUGAAUGCAGACGCUACAUUGUAACCCCAAACUCGCCAUUCAAAAACAGUUUACCCGGAGCUACUACUGCUACUUCUACAACCACAUCCUUUCCAUCUUCCCACACACAAACACAAACCUCAUCCUUUACACCCUCCUCGAGCUUCCUGGCCACCAAAAACCACAAGAGCAGUAACCUCAACCCCUCCACCACCACCACCACAACAACCCCAACCCCACCCUCCCGCGCCACAGUCCUCCACCUCUACGCCAGCUUACGACAAGGCCUCAGUCUACGUGACUGGUGCCUAACCCACGCAUCCUCGCUAGCUUUUAUCGAUAUCCGUCGUUUCAUAACUUUCGGCAUUAUAAAAGGGUUUUUGUAUCGUAGUCAUCGCUACGCUAUUGCGCUCAGAGCAGCGGAUACAGCAGCUGAUGCGGCAGUUGCCGAGGAAGCCCUUCGCGCUCGCAAGGAAGCGGAGAAGACGUGGAGGAAGGCUGCUAUGAGUAGUGGAUGGAGGACUCCUGUUGUCGCUGUGGAUGACGAUGCGGUGGCUUUGGAUGGGGGGUUUGGUGGUGUGCUUGUCAGAGGGAAAAAGGAAGGGGAUGUCAAGGUUGGAGACACAGAGGGGAAAGUAGAAGAUCAGGAGGGGAAAGAGGGGAAGAUGCCUGGAGUGGAAGAGUUGGGUAAAGGGAGGAGUUUGGAAGACCAGUUCUUGGCGAGGUAUUUGGAUGGGUGUCAUUGUUUGGAUGAGGUUUGUACGGACACAGGCAUGGGUCAGCAGGAGGUUGUUAGGAAGUUGAGGGGGUUGGGGGAUGUGGUGUUUGUUAAUCGAUAGAUGGAUUAUGCACGAUAUUCUUCACUUUGAUCAAUCUGUAUACCAACUGACAUUCUGGGAAUUUUG